AUGGAAUUACGUGUUGGUCAUAAAUAUCGACUUGGACGAAAAAUAGGUUCAGGUUCAUUUGGUGAUAUUUAUCUUGGUACAAAUAUUGCAUCAAAUGAAGAAGUUGCUAUUAAACUUGAAUGUGUUCGUACAAAACAUCCUCAAUUACAUAUUGAAUCAAAAAUCUAUCGAAUGAUGCAAGGUGGUGUUGGAAUACCAUUAAUUAAAUGGUGUGGUGCUGAAGGAGAUUAUAAUGUACUGGUUAUGGAUUUACUUGGACCAUCACUAGAAGAUUUAUUUAAUUUUUGUUCAAGAAAAUUUUCACUUAAAACUGUUCUUUUACUUGCUGAUCAAAUGGUUAGUCGUAUUGAUUUUAUUCAUUCAAAAAAUUUUAUUCAUCGAGAUAUAAAACCUGACAACUUUUUAAUGGGCCUUGGUAGAAAAGGCAAUCUUGUGUAUAUCAUUGAUUUUGGCCUUGCAAAAAAAUAUCGGGAUGCACGCACACAUCAACAUAUACCAUAUAGAGAAAAUAAAAAUUUAACCGGAACAGCACGUUAUGCUUCAAUUAAUACACAUCUUGGCAUUGAACAAAGUCGUCGUGAUGAUAUGGAAUCACUCGGUUAUGUACUUAUGUACUUUAAUCGUGGUAGUCUUCCAUGGCAAGGUUUAAAAGCAGCAACAAAACGUCAAAAAUAUGAACGUAUCAGUGAAAAAAAAAUGUCAACACCAAUUGAAGAAUUAUGUAAAGGAUUUCCUGCUGAAUUUACUACUUAUCUUUCUUAUUGUCGUUCGUUACGUUUUGACGAUAAACCAGAUUAUUCAUAUUUACGACAAUUAUUUCGCAAUUUAUUUCAUCGACAAGGUUUUACAUGUGAUUAUAUAUUUGAUUGGAAUAUGCUCAAAUUUAGCGGUCAACGCUUUGAUACGAACAGUGCUAAUGAAGGAUCGACAAAUAAAGUUGAAACAAACGGUUAUAAUGGUACACAACAACAAAGUACACAACAAAUGUAUACAACCAAUCAAGAAAGUAUUGAUGUAAAUGGUCGAACACCAUUCGGUCAAUCAAUAAGUAUGAAUGAUGAUGGACAAAUGCCUAAUGAAAAACCUGAUGACGACAAUAAAGAUAAAAGACUUUAUAAAUCAUCUUCCAAUAUUAAUGAUAAUAAUAAAAAUACAAAUAUGGUCGAUGAACAAAUCAAUAAAACAGCAUCACAUUCAAAUGUGUUUAGUCGUCUUUUGCAGACUGUAUAUCGACGAACUCCAAAAGAAUUUCAUCAAAUGCAACCACCACAAUCAGCAUCGAAUAAUUCCAAACAACAAUUGCCGACUGGUACCGAUGCAGGUCGAUCAUCAUCAGCACGUGCCACUAAAAAAUGA